UGAGGGCGGCGGUGCGGCACGGUCGAGGGAGGCGGCACGGGUGACGGGUCGCCCUCAAGUCAAGCACGUCCCAGUCGGGCGCGGUCGAGGUCUCGAGGACGAGGACGAGGACGCGAGGCGCUGGCGGCGUCAUCCCUCCCGCGCGGGCACCGGCGGCGAGCGGAGGAGUGGCGCUGGCAAUGUCUAACGGCGGGGAGCAACUGCCGAUACGCUGCCGCCGCCUGUCGUUCUCCUUCCUCCGCCGCGGCAUCCACUCCUCGGCGCUAACUUCGGCCGACGCCGCUACAGAUGCUACACUCCUGGGCCGCCUCACCCGCCUCCUCCUCCUCCACCGUUUCUCCGCCGCCGCCCGCCUCCUCUCCUCCUCAGGCCCCCUCACUCCUGCACUCCUCCACGCGGCGCUGCGCCGGGUCCGCCUCGACCCCGACGCCGCGUUGCACCUCUUCCGCCUCGCCCCUUCCCGCCCCACCCUCCUCGCGCACGCCCAGCUGCUCCACAUCCUCGCCCGCGCCCGCCGCUCCGCCGACGCCCGCGCGAUCUUGGCAUCCCUCCUCUCCGCGCGCCCCCCGGCUCCGCCUCUCUUUCCGCACCUCGUCGAGGUAUACAAGGAGUUCUCCUUCUCUGCAGCCUCAUUCGACCUGCUGCUUCGCGCACUUGCCAACGCAGGCAAACUCGAUGGCGCCCUCCAGGUGUUCGACGAAAUGCGGACGCUCGGGUGCCGCCCUAGCAUGCGGUCCUGUAACAGUAUGCUCAACAGGCUUGCACAGACUGGGGACCUGGGCGCCGCAGUGGCAGUGUUUGAGCAGAUGCAGCGUGCAGAGAUUCUGCCAGACGAGUUUACGGUAGCGAUUAUGGCAAAGGCUUACUGCAGGGUUAAGGGGGUGGGACAUGCAUUGGAGUUCGUGGAGGAGAUGAGAAAGAUGGGUGUGGAGGUGAACCUAGUGGCGUAUCAUGCAGUGAUGAAUGGCUAUUGUGAGGUGGGGCAGACCAACGAUGCAAGGAGGAUGUUGGAUUCGCUGCCUGGGAGAGGUUUGUCACCAAAUAUAGUUACAUAUACAUUGCUUGUGAAAGGGUAUUGUAAUGAGAAGAACAUGGAGGAGGCUGAGGGGGUUGUUCGGGAGAUUAGGAAGAAUAAGCAGCUUGUGGUUGAUGAGGCUGUUUAUGGUGCAGUGAUCAAUGGCUAUUGCCAAAUGGGAAGAAUGGAGGACGCAACUCGAUUACUCAAUGAGAUGAUGGAUGCUAACCUCCAGGUUAAUUUGUUUGUGUAUAACACAAUGAUUAAUGGAUAUUGCAAGUUGGGGAGAAUGGUGGAAGCACAUAACAUUUUGCAUGAAAUGGAAGGUGUUGGUGUGAGGCCAGAUACAUACAGUUACAAUAGCCUAGUUGAUGGGUAUUGCAGAAAGGGUUUGAUGAACAAUGCUUUUGAAACAUAUGAUACAAUGUUAAGGAAUGGAUUCACAGUGACUACAUUAACAUAUAAUGCACUCCUAAAAGGUUUUUGCUCGCUUGGCUUAAUUGACGAUGCACUUAGACUGUGGUUCUUCAUGUUGAAGAAAGGUGUUGCACCUAACGAAAUCAGUUGUAGCACCUUGCUUGAUGGUUUCUUCAAGGCAGGUAAAACUGAGAAGGCCUUAAACCUUUGGAAAGAAACCUUAGCAAGGGGACUAGCAAAAAAUAUAACCACAUUUAACACAGUUAUCAAUGGGUUGUGUAAGAUUGAGAGGAUGUCCGAAGCAGAAGAGCUUGUUGACAGGAUGAAGGAAUGGAGAUGUCCUCCUGAUAUUAUAACUUACAGAACAUUAGUUAGUGGUUAUUGUAAGAUAGGUGACAUGGAUAGAGCUACUCACAUUAUGAAUGAAAUGGAAAAUUUAGGUUUUGCUCCUACAGUUGAAUUGUUCAAUUCUUUGAUAACUGGACACUUCAUAGCUAAGCAACAUGGAAAGUUGAAUGGUAUACUCUUUGAAAUGAGUACUAGGGGACUUUCUCCAAACACAGUCACAUAUGGAGCUCUGAUUGCUGGAUGGUGUAAAGAAGGAGAUUUGCAUACAGCCUAUAACUUAUAUUUUGAAAUGGUUGAGAAAGGUCUGACACCAAAUCUUUUUAUUUGCAGUGCUUUAGUGAGUUGUUUCUACAGGAAGGGAAAGGUUGAUGAGGCAAAUUCAGUGUUGCAAAAUCUUGUUGGUACUGACAUGAUUCCAGAUAUCAGUGCGCCCAGACUUGAGAUAGGGAAAGUAGCAAAUUUCAUUGAUACUGUUGCUGAUGGAAAUCAUCAUUCUGCAAAAAUCAUGUGGAACAUUGUUAUUUUUGGUCUAUGCAAAUUGGGAAGAAUUGAAGAUGCUAAAAACUUGUUUGCAGAUCUAAAAAGCAAGGGGUUUGUUGCUGACAAUUUCACUUAUUCUAGCCUCAUCCAUGGUUGUUCUGCUUCAGGAUUUGUUGAUGUAGCUUUUGAUCUGAGGGAUACAAUGUUGAGUGUCGGUCUCACUCCAAAUAUAGUAACCUACAAUUCUCUUAUAUAUGGUCUCUGCAAGUCUGGGGAGUUAUCCAGAGCUGUUAAUCUUUUUAAGAAGUUGCGGACAAAGGGUAUAUGCCCUAAUGCUAUCACCUAUAAUACAUUAAUUGAUAAGCAUUGCAAGGAUGGUUACAUAACCGAGGCCUUUAAGCUAAAACAAAGGAUGAUAGAGGAAGGUAUUCAGCCUACCGUGUUCACCUAUUCUAUACUGAUUAAUGGUCUCUGUACUCAAGGUUAUAUGGAAGAAGCAAUCAAACUUCUUGAUCAAAUGAUUGAGAAUAAUGUAGAUCCAAAUUAUGUCACAUACUGGACGCUGAUUCAAGGUUAUGUUAGAUGCGGUAAUAUGAUAGAGAUUUCAAAGAUUUAUGAUAAGAUGCAUAUCCGUGGACUUCUGUCCACCAAUGUGCCUGGGGAUGUAAAACAAUCAUGUCCUGCUGUAUACAACCAGAAUAGAAACACAUGUCAGAUGAAGAUGCACAACCAGUGCUAGCACAUUCUUAGCAUGUCUACUUUUGUCUUGGAAGAUGCCAGUGACGUAUGGUUUGUAUGAGUAGGCAAAUCAUGAGGAAUCAUUUAUAUCUAGGGAUGAUAUGGUCAACCAAAGCGGCAUCUUUUGAGUACAGGCUGGUAUAAGUGCAAAGAGACUCGUUGCUGGUCACUUCGUCCUUUUUUAUCUGGAAUGAAAAAAAUCAGCUUCUGCUGGGAAUUUGCCGGGCAAAUUGACCACAAACUGUCAUGCCACCUUCAGUCUUAUGAAGUGAUAGCAUGCAUAUCAGUCUUAUUGCUGCAGCUGCUCAUGUUGCUUCGGCAAAUAGCUGGUUUACAAUUUUCUACAACACAAGGGCAAACCCUUCAGAGUUUGUCAUAUCGCUUGCAAAAUAUGUCGAGGCUCUGUACCAUACCCGUAUAUAUGUGGGGAUGCAUUUCAGGAUGCUUUUUUUGAGACAGCAGACAGAAGAGUCUAGCAUAUGAGGUAAGUUCAAAUCUGUUUGCAAAACCUUGUAGGUUUUACUUUUAAAGUUCAUUUUUGAUAUUUUCCUACACAUUGUCUAUUUUUGAGGAUUAGUGCAUUCACCAACAAAGAUCUUUGGCUUAGCCAUAUGCGAAUAUACCUCGUUCCUUCACUGAAUACUGAACUAGCGUUUACACAGUCAUAAGUGGUAUUAGCUGUCUAACCAGACCAGAUAUAUUCAAUUCCAGCUACAUUCUGUUCGGUGGCCAAAUUCACUGUGGUAUUCUGUUAAGGUAUAUUAUGGACUUGUGCUUCUCUUGUUUCCUCUGCUUACUACAAGCCCUUGUCAACCAUAUCCGUUGCAAAUUUUCAGUUGAAAAGGAUAUUACUCUGGUACUGCCUUAAAGUUUGUUGGUUUUGCAUGAUCACAAAAUUUACCUGUGAAUAAAUUUUGGUUGGCUUGGAUGAAUGAACUUCUGGUGAGAGACAGCCAAGGGUGUCACUAUGGGAGAUUGAGCCUCUGACACCUUUGCCAAUGUAUCCAUCUCCUUGUCAGCUCAUGUUUAAGUGUCCAUGGCCAACAAGCUUGCAUUAUCUGCAUGGUAUGAGGUGGGCAGACGAGGACCUGGUUCACUCAGGCAAACCAGGAGGAUAAAUACCACGUGAAAUCAGUUGUCAAAGGACCACUUUCUUCCAUGGAAGCUGUGGGAAUAUAUAACAAGCAUCUGUUUUAGUGAAUUAAUGAAAAACAUACUUACAGCAACAUGUAACAGAUUAGUAAUACUGAAGAUAGCAAGUGUAGGUCAAUGCAUUAGGAUUAUGUGUACAUUUUUUACCAUGACAAGAACUACCUAGUUGUACUGCUUAGAAAAGAUGUAACAUUGGCUGUAAAGGAAUAAAUUCAUGAUACUUUGAUUAACUCUGAAUUUAGUGCAAUGUUAGUCGUUAGAUAGUAAA